CUUCAGUUUGUGUUGGGUGAUAUGCUGGUUCACUUAUGUUUAGUUAUCUUUUAGUGGUAGCAUUUAUGUUUUUUAAAUUUGAUUUCAUUAAAUCAUAAAUAACUUUUUAUCAAGUGUUUUAAUUUAAGUUUUAGAAGUUUUGUGCUUUUUAUAUUUUUUUGCGCCUAGAUGGAUUUGUCUUCCUUAUCAUGUACAAACAGGAUGGGUGCAGUUUUAUAACUUUUCUACAACGCUAAAUGACUUUCGUCAAAUUGAAACAAAAUGUUACACUUCUUGUUAUUACUUCCAUUUUUAAUUAGUCCUUUAGCAGCCCUUUUAGAAGGUCCCAAUGUAUGCACAACGCAAGAAUCGUAUACGACAACUGUUCGAGUUUCGGAACAACAACCAUAUCAAGUAAGAGAAUACGUGUGGUGUCUGAAUUUUCCACCCAGAUGUUCAAAGUACAAAAUCAAGUUCAAAACCGUGUACAAAACACAAAAUUUAGUUAAAUUUAGACCGGUAGAUCAAUGUUGUAAAGGGUACACGAAAAGCAGUUCCGAGGAUAGGUGUAUACCGGUGUGUUCGCAUGAUUGUGUUCAUGGAACAUGUAUAGCACCUGAACAGUGUCUUUGUGAGAGCGGCUACGGGGGACCUUACUGUGAUAUUACAUGCCCCAAAGGCUUAUGGGGUCGCGAGUGCCAAAAUCAUUGCGAAUGUCAGAAUAAUUCCACGUGCGAUCCCUUUGAUGGAACAUGCCGUUGCGCUCGUGGUUGGAUCGGAACACAUUGCGAAAUGAAAUGUCAUAAAGGUAGCUAUGGACAAGAUUGCGCGGAGAAAUGUAGGUGUGUUCACGGCGAAUGCGAUCACGUAUCAGGGGAAUGUCGAUGCAGUUCUGGUUGGACGGGACCACUCUGUGACGAUUCUUGUCCUCUUGGAAAACACGGAAGCGAAUGCAAAUCGGAAUGUCGGUGCCAAAAUGAGGGGACUUGUAAUCCUGAAACAGGUCAAUGUUUCUGCAAGCCGGGUUGGACAGGCCCGGUUUGCGCAAAUAGGUGUCCUUUUGGAUUUUGGGGCGAAAAUUGCACACAACUUUGCGGGUGUUACAAUGGGGCGUCCUGUCAUCAUGUCACGGGAGAGUGCGAGUGCCAACCGGGUUUUACAGGAGAGAAGUGCUUGGAUACGUGUUCAGAGGGAACUUGGGGUUUAAAUUGUAGUGAGGUUUGUGCUUGCCAGAAUGGCGCAAAAUGUUCGAAUAUAAACGGACAGUGUUCUUGUUCACACGGAUGGGAAGGUAAAUUUUGUGAAGUUAGAGCUUGUCCCAAUGAUUUUUGGGGCUACAAGUGUAAAAAUCCCUGUCAGUGCAAUCACGACAACACGGAAAUGUGUCAUCCGUGGACGGGCGAAUGUAUUUGUAAACCAGGAUGGAAUAGUAAAGACUGUUCAAGACCGUGUUCUUUGUUGACUUUUGGCAAAGGUUGCCAUGGCUUGUGCAAGUGUAAAAACAACGCUCAAUGUUCUCCCGUUAACGGCACUUGCUUAUGUCCUCCGGGUUUUACCGGAGAUGAUUGUGGUCAAACUUGUCCUGAUAAUACCUUCGGGGAGGAUUGUUCACAAAAAUGUGAUUGUAAAAAUGGAGCGACUUGUUCGAGCGAGACAGGGCAAUGUCAGUGUACCGCUGGUUGGGAAGGUCAGCAGUGUGAUCGACCCUGUAGUAACUAUUCCUAUGGUAUACAAUGUACUAAACAGUGUGCUUGCAAAAAUGGAGCUUCAUGUAAUCCUCAAAAUGGAACUUGUACCUGUGGAGCAGGAUUUACUGGUCAGUUUUGCGAAAAUAAAUGCGAAUCGGGAUUUUUCGGUGUUAACUGCGAACAAAGAUGCCAAUGCGAACAAGGAAAUUAUAUUGGUUGCGAUCCAGUCAGUGGCAAAUGCAUUUGUAAACCCGACUGGAAAGGCGUCCGUUGCGAAAGUCGGUGCUCACAAGGCAAAUUCGGCUCCGAUUGCAAAGAAAUUUGUAAUUGCAAGAACAACAGCUCGUGUGACCCAGAAUCUGGAAAAUGCUACUGUGCCAGAGGCUGGCAAGGAGAAGAUUGUUCCCAACCAUGUGACAAAGGCUAUUACGGCAUCGGUUGCAAAGAAGUGUGUCCUGAAGUCAGCGAAAUCGCCAUGGGUAACAAAACUUGUGACCACAUAACUGGAGAAUAUGUUUGUCCAGCUGGAUAUAUCGGGAUCACAUGCGAACAUCCUUGUCCACUUGGAACAUUCGGCAAGAACUGCAAAAAUAAUUGUUCGUGUCGAAACGGUGGUGAUUGUCACCAUGUCACAGGCGAGUGUCAGUGUUUGCCAGGUUGGAUAGGUAAAAACUGUACUAGACCUUGUGACUCUGGAAGAUUUGGAAUGAAUUGUAGCCAACAUUGCAAGUGUUCGAAUAAAGGUCAGUGUCGACGAAAUGAUGGUGUUUGCAAGUGUCAGCCUGGAUGGACUGGAACUCAAUGUACUGAAAUAUGUCCCGAAGGAUAUUACGGGGAUCAUUGUAUGGCUCCAUGUGAAUGCAAAAAUGACAAUUUUGUGUGUCACCCAGCAAAGGGUUGCGUUUGCCGUCACGGCUUCGAUGGCGAGAAUUGUGACACACCCAUUCUUUUGAGUCGAGUUCUUCACUCGAGUGAAGAAAGUUCAAACUAUGGUAGUGUCAUCGCCGGUGUCAUCGUCGCCAUUAUUGCAAUAGUAGCCGCCGGAUGUAUUUUUGUCUACUACAGGAGACGAGUAUCAAAUCUCAAGACUGAAAUUGCUCAUGUACAAUAUAUAGCUGAUCCUUCUGCGUUUUCACCAGAUCGCAAUCAUUUUGAUAAUCCUGUCUAUUCGUAUCAAGGCGGUGCCAAAAGAGACAACGAACAUCUUUUGAACAAUUCGAAAACAAUACGUAACAAUUUGCACAAACCAACGAACACGAAUUUAGAACGAGCCAGGUUAGGGGUGGCUUGUUGUUCGACUGACGAUGACGAUUUAAAGGGUAGUUAUUGUUCGGAUGAACUUCAAUCGCUGAAGAAUAGAGAAGCUGACGCUACGAAUCCAAAUAUUUAUCACAGCAUUGACAAAAUCGAUCAUGUGUAUGACGAAAUCAAACAGAAGGAUAUUAAAGAUAUAGAGUUGGAGUAUGAUCACUUAGAUUAUACAAGGCCGGUUACUACGUUAAAACCUCAUUAUCAGAGGAUGGCGAGUCCGUUUGGGUCUAGAGACUUGACUAAAGGUGAUAAAUCGGAGACUGAAUGAAGAUAUUGAGAUGACAUAUUUGUAUAUUAAUGUGUGUUCGUUUUUUAGCUUUUAAAAUGCUCAUUAACGGUAAUAGAUAUAGAUCUACCAUUAAGCAUUUAAUUUUAACUCAUGUCAUUUGAUAUUUACAAGCGAUAUAACGUACUAUUUUAUGUAUAGUGUGUGUAAUUUUCAUUAGAAGAUAUUCUCUAAUUGAUAAGUAAUAUUUUAAAUGAGUGUAUGUUUAUUAUGUUUUAUUUCGUUUUGCAAUAUGUGUAUCAGAGCAAUAAUUUUCUUAGCAUAUCAAAUAUUAAGUAAGGUGAAGAUAUGUAUAAUGUAGGUUUUAAUUUUUCAAUUUAUCUUAUGUAAUGAUGUGGAUUACUCACUUUUUGUCAUUUAAUGAUAUGUAAAUAUACUUUCUUUUUAAUUUAUGUAAUACCUUCUGUGAUAAGUAUAAAAUAAAUUUUAUCUUUGAACCGAA